AUGUUGUUUAAAAAGCAAAUUACACUGGCUCUAGUGGCAGCAGUGACCGUUGGUGCUAGUUCCGCCCAAAACGCCACUGCUCCUGAUGAUUCUGAUGUUGUACAAUUAAAUGGUGAGACAUUCCAGAAAUUUGUUGAUGAAAAUCCAUUGGUUUUAGCAGAGUUCUAUGCUCCAUGGUGUGGGUACUGUAAGUCUCUUGCUCCAGAGUAUGUUCAAGCGGCAGCAGAAUUGAAAGACAAGGGUAUUCCUUUGGCACAAGUUGAUUGUACUAAAGAUCAACAAUUGUGUAUGGAAAUGGAGAUCAGAGGGUACCCAAGCUUGAGGAUCUUCAAAGAUGGUAAGACCGACGACUCUCUAGAAUACAAGGGAGGUAGAACCAAGGAUGACAUUGUUAAGUUUAUGGUGAAACAGAAUGAACCUGCUGUUUUGGUGUUAAACGAGAAAACCGCUGCUGAAGACUUGAAGAAGGUGCUAAAGGAGGCUGGUUCCGCCGUUAUUGUUGACGGAGGUGUUAAGGGCUUCAACUCUACCUUCUACGAGGUAGCCGGUUCCCAAAGAACCUUCUUUACAUUUGUUCAAAACCAAAAUGGGGAUGGUAAGUUGAAGAUCUACUUGCAAGGCGAGGAAGAUCCAAUUGUUUACGAUGGUGAAGAUUUAGAUGUUCAACACUUCACUGAAUGGAUCGCCGUUCAAAGCGUUCCUUUCUUUGGUGAUGUUGACGCUGACACUUACGAACGUUACUUGGCUGCUCAGGUCCCAAUGGCUUACUUCUUUUACACUUCCAAGGAGGAGCGUGCCGAAUGGGAACCAACUUACAAGAAAUUGGCUAAGCAAUACAGAGGUUUAAUCAACUUCGUUGGUUUGGACACCGCCAGGUUCGGUAAACAUGCCGACGCAUUGAACAUGAAGCAACAAUUCCCAUUAUUUGUUAUCCACGACUUCCGUAACGACUCCAAAUUCGGUAUGCCACAGUUAACUGAAGAGGAAUUCAAGGCUGCUGGCCAAAAGGAAACCCUAAAAGAGAAGGACGUCUCCAAGUUCGUUAAGGACUUCUUAGACAACAAAUUGGAACCUAUUGUCAAGUCCGAAGAUAUCCCAGAGACCCAACUCACCAACGUCUACAAGCUAGUCGGUAAGACCCACCAAGAACUUGUUCACGAUCCAACCAAGGACGUAUUGGUUGAAUACUACGCCCCAUGGUGUGGACACUGUAAGAGAUUGGCUCCUACCUACGAACAGUUAGCUGACGUAUACGCUUCUGAUGAAGACGCUAAAGACAAGGUUUUGAUAGCUAACAUCGACUUCACUGAGAACGAUGUGUCGGGUGUCCACGUAGAGGGCUUCCCAACUAUUGUUCUAUACCCUGCAGGCAAGGACUCUGAGCCACAAUAUUACGACUCCACCAGAUCCUUAGAAUCUUUCUUCGACUUUAUUCUAGAAAAAGGUAACAACAAGAUUGACGGUAAGGCUAUCAAGGAACGUCUCGAUAAUGCAGAAGCUCUAGACGAAGACGAAGAAGUUGAAAUUGAAGAACCUGCAGUUCCAGAGCCUGAAGAGGAAGAUGUAAAAAUUACAGUGACUAAGAAUGAAGAAGACGAUGAGCAGGAUGCUGAGAACUCUGAUGACGGUGAGUACAAGUGGUCUGCUGAUGAGUUAUAA